GCACGUUCGUUGCUGACCUAUUCGGCACAAAUAAAAUGUGUAAUGCGAUUUAAACCAAACUAUUGUUAGUUUUUUAGCGCUUGUUAAUUUAAAUAAAAAUAGUAUUUGUAGUGCAUUCCACACACAAAAGAAAGACAUUAUUAUAUGUGUUAGUGGUGUAAAUAUUCUGUAGUGUGGUUUAUCAUGAUGAUUAUGAGAUCGAUACGGCGCUUUUUCUCCUGUUCUGCUGUUUACCGCUCGAUACAUGGACACAUGGAGCAAAGUCAUCGAAUAAAGAGAGUUUCCAUAGAGGGAAACAUUGCGGUGGGGAAGUCAACAUUUGCAAGACUAUUACAGAAUGCAGGACAGGAUUGGGAAGUGAUAGCAGAACCCGUCAGCAAAUGGCAAAAUGUGAACCACAUGACUCAGUCAAGCAGUAACCUGUUACAGAUGAUGUAUGAAGAUCCAAAGCGCUGGUCUUACACCUUCCAGACCUUUUCCUGCAUGAGUCGAGUGCGGACCCAACUGGAACCACCAUCUGCCAGGCUACUGGAGUCCAAAGGGAGACCAGUACAGGUGUAUGAACGCUCCGUCUACAGCGACAGGUACAUCUUUGCUUUAAAUAUGUUUGAGCUCGGCUGUAUAAACUCGACAGAGUGGGCCGUGUAUCAGGAUUGGCAUUCAUUUCUUGUUGAGCAGUUUGGCCAUCAAAUACAAUUGGAAGGCGUCAUAUAUCUCCGAGCAUCUCCACAGAUGUGUAUGGAGAGAUUAGGCAGACGGGGCAGGACAGAGGAACAGGGAGUUCAACUCGACUACCUGGAGAAACUUCACACAAAACAUGAAAACUGGCUAAUUAACAAGAGUACCAAGGUUCACUUUGAGCACCUGAAGAAGGUUCCUGUAUUAGUUUUAGAUGUUGGGGUGGAGUUUGAAAAAGAUCCUAAUGUGCAGGCCAAGCUUCUAACACAGGUCGGAGAGUUUUUCAGUGGAUUAUAAACGGGACCUAAACGCAUUUCUGGAUUAUUACAUAUGGACCAUUUUCACCACUGAGAGACGUGUUUUACCAUAUCAUUGUGCAGUGCAUUCACAGAUGAGCAUAAAAUACCACCAUGUUCAAUGAAUGCUUACUUUAACAAGAAUGGGUUUUAUUAAAAAUAGUUUUGUAACAUCACUAUAAAUACUGUUUUCAAAGAUUCGGCUAUCAUCUGAUUAUAUGCAACUUGUCACGUAAUGUAUUUUUCAAGCAUUCGUCAGUUCCCAUGAAGCAUACAGAAUAUUUACACAUCUGUACUCUAGGAGUUUGUUACAAUGUGAUAUAUUUAUCAGACUAAUGACAUUAAUAUAUAUAACUGUACUUUCCAAA